UGCUCCUAGCUGGGACUCGCCUCUGCAGGCUCGUGACUGGCUGCUGCCUGUCCACACUUACCCACCCCUGCCAUGGCGAAGGAAGCGUCAGCUCCGCCGUCCACCCUGAAAGGCGGGCGCCCUCCGGCAGUCAAAUCUGGAGGUAGGAGAGUUUCCAAAAAGCAAGAAAAUGGAGCUGUUGAGAAAAAUUCCAAGAACCCUGGAAAAGAGAAGACAAGCUCAAUUGUUAGCGUUACAAAAAUGCAAAAUAUGGGUAUCUUACUAGCUGAUGCACUGGAGAAAAUGAGCCACAAAUUUCCUGCAGCAGCAGCACAGAUGGCCUAUCAAAAGCGACAACCAACCCUGGAGAAGAGUAUAUGGUCCAAAAGAAUUUACAUUAUCCAACAACCUCGGAAAUGUUAAGAUAUAAAGCAAAAUAGUCAUGUCUGCUUGACAGUGAGCUAAUCUAACCACAAUCUGCUAUUAAAUGCUAUUUGCAAAAGGACAAAAACAUAGGGAAAUAGUUUGCUGGCUGAACUGUAUUGUAUCUUUUUCAUUUCUGGCAAUAAAACACUUCAUAAGUAUACUAA